AUGCAUAGAGGAGCCUCCAGAGGCAAGGAUAGAGUGAGGUUGGUGCAGGAAAGUGAACUUCAGGUAUCCAGUUUGUUGGAAUUCGACAAGGUCAGCGACUUCUACUUCUACGAAGCAAAGUUUUGCAUACCCACCUUUUGUUAUCCGAUAGCUCAGGCUACAGUCGGGGUCUAUUUCACCAUCGAGGUGAGUAGAGUGGUUCCUGAACAUUUACCUGUGAGGGUAACUUUCAAGCUUGAAAGUUUGAGGAGGGUUCUGGUGCCAGGGGAGAUCUUAGUUGACGACGAGAUGCUGCUACGGGUGCUUUACUCAAAACUGGCAGUGUUCAAGGAAUUGUGCUUUUAG